AUGAUUUUUGAACAUAACGAAACUGCUUAUGGUCAAAACUUGAGAGGUUUUAACGCAUUCGUACCUGAUGCUUUUGGUUCGAAUCCUGCUCAAAUGGAACAAUACUAUAACCAGAUCUAUGUAUACGGCCCAGAUCCACGAUUUCCUAUUUCACCUGCUGCCCUUGCCGGUGCCGCUGCAUAUAAGGCCGUGAAAUUACAUGAAGAAAAUUAUCAUCUUUCUGGUCUAAAUCCACGUCAAAAUCAUAAUUAUGCCAUAAAUCUUAUACGUGAAAGUGCUGCUAAUGAAGCUAAUCUAUUAUUACAAAGGUUUCCAUUACCUGGUGUUGAUCCUAUGAUUGUUGUGGUUUCUGCUGAAGCUGGUGCUCACCGAUUAUAUGAUCAUGAAAAUUUUUUAUAA